UAUGACAUAAACAGUCUGGUGUCGUCCAUAUUUUGCAUUCAAACUCUCAAAGGCUUUUAUUACUUUUCUAAAAAACCACAAUAUUAAACACAUAGCGAAUGCCUUCAUCAUUCUGUUUCGACGAGAAAUGGCGAAUUCAUUAUUUGGAGGCUACGACGAGGAAAGAUUUGUAGAUAAAUUCGAUCCUAGACUACUUUGUCCGAUCUGUUUCAAGGUGGUCAAAGACCCAGUGCAAUGCCCGAACGAACACCAUUUUUGUCGCUCGUGUAUUCAAAGGUGUUUGAACGAAACCUCCGAAACCUGUCCAACUUGCCAACACCAUCUCACGGAAGAAAACUUGGCAACACCAACGAGAUUUUUUAUGGAAACGUUGGAGCGUCUCAAGAUUCGUUGCGAUAACACAUGCCGAGGUUGUCGAGAAGUGGUCGAGCUUGAAUUUCUCGAUCGGCAUGUCGAGAGAUGUGGCUAUUCACCAACACGUUGUACAAACACGGGCUGUUCUAAAGUCAUCACCCGAAACGAGCAAGGACGACAUGAGAACGAACUUUGUCGUUUUCGUAGGAUUGUCUGUGACGAGUGCGGAGAACAAGUGAUAUGGAAGUCGAGAGCUGUUCAUAUCUGCUUCAUGCGGAAAGAAAUCGAUAAUUUAGUCAAAGAAAGAAAUAAUCAAGACGAGUUUAAUCGCAAGUUGUUGGCUGAUAUUGCCUGUCAGAACGUUGUCAUUGAAGAUCUACGUCGUAGAAACGAGGAAAUGGGACAUGAAAUGAAAACCAUGAGAGUAAACAUGGAAUAUAUUGCAACCGAAGCAACCGGAAGAUGCGACUGGUUUAAUGGAUUUAAAAAGAUUUAUGUCUGCGGGGGACGUGAUCUUAACGUUUUCCACAAAUCCGUGGAGUCGUUUAGUUGGCCUGAGAACGCCUGGACAUUGGAACAAGAAAUGAACGUCCCGCGAUCAACCCCUGUAGCAUUUCUUUACCAGGGUGAAAUACAUGUAACUGGCGGUCGAAUUGGGCUCAUUGGAGCCGACUCUGUCGAAUAUACGGACAGCAUUGAAAGUUUGAAUGUCGGUGAGGACGAUGAGGAAUGGAUCGAGUCUUCGGUCAAGAUGCCAAUCAAAUGCAACGGUCAUGGAAUGGUUUGUCGUGAAAAUACCGCGUUUUUUACUGGUGGCUGUGAUGGGGACAUUGGUUCUGAUGGCAUCUACGAAAUUAAACUAACCCCCCCAUACACGACAAAGUUAUUGACCCAAUUGCCAGAGAGAAGAUGUUACCAUGGUUGUCAGAUUAUUGACAACGAGAUCGUGGUCGUUGGUGGAGGUGCAGGAAAAUUCACAAACACCAAUAAAAAUACUGUGUAUUCAUACGAUAUUAACAAUAACGAGUGUAAAACUUUGUCUCCACUGCCAUUUGCUAUCGGUAGCAUGGCUACUGUUAGUUAUAAAGGUAAUGUAAUUUUGAUCGGAGGUGUUACCGAGGAAGGCGAAACAUUGAACACAGUAUUCAUGUACGAAGUGAAAACAGGAAAAAUUAAGACGUUACCCUCUCUUAAUCAUAAAAGAGCUGGAUGUACAGCAGUUAUCACUGGGAAUAUCAUCAUUGUUAUGGGAGGUUGUAAUUAUGAGAGUGGGGAAUAUCUUAAUUCAGUAGAGUGCUUAGAUUUGAGCACGAAUGUGUGGAUUGAACUAGCCCCAAUGAAAAAGAAACGAGCUUGGUUAACUGCAGUUUUAAAAACAACUUUAGUGGAACGCGUAUGAGCUUUGAAACGUUUAUAUUAAUGUAUAAUAUAAAAAUAUUAGUGUCUUUCGCCUGUAUUCAAAAAGCUCAUUCACACUCACACUCUUGAGUGUGGCAUAUAAAUUUUGUUAAUGCUGAUCAAUGAGAAAGUUCUUUCUGAAAUCUGAAUAAAUGGAAAGAUAUAAGGUAAAUCACUAAAGAUCAAGCCAAUAUUCGGUUGGAAAUACCGCCAUUGAAACGUUAUGAGAAAAUUAAGAUCUUCCACUCAAUGAGCUUAAGUGUGAGUGAGCUUUUAGAAUACAGGCGUUAGUCUUGCAUUGUAAAUAUUUUGAUAUAUCUGUUAUACCCGACAUUAUAUAAUCAUAGCAAUGUACCCGAAAUAUUAAACU